AUGUCCUGGCAGUCCCGGGAAGAUGGAGACGGUCGCUGCAGAGUUCCAGCAGAUCUCGGCACCUUUGAGGGAAAGGGGGUUUGAGGUCCCCUGUGCAGUGCUAGACGUGGGGUUCAGCGUGGAAGAAGCUGCCGUGCUGAGGCUCCAGGUGCUGCCGUGGCAGAUGCGCUUUGGCAGCCGUUGGUGAGACAUCUGCGCUGGGACGGGGAAGAACUUCCUGAGGUGAAGCCAUCCCUUCCAACAGGAGGUGACUGUGGGUGGAGAAGGGGAGCUGGCACAAACCCCUCUGUCACUGACUCUGCCACCAUGGCCCGGCCGUGGCUCCAUCUCUGCAUCUGCCUCCAGAUCCCAGGCUUCUGUACAAACCUACUCUUAUCCCAAACUCCAGAGCAUAUUUUAGCCCAGACUAACAAUAAAACAGAAAUCCUCUGUGAGCUGAAGAAGGAGCACACUGGGCUGUACUGGUACCGCUGGAGCCAGGAGAGGCAAAUCUUCGAGUUCCUGAUAUUUUCCAACUUGAUGGGCAAAACCACAUAUGGUGCAAACAUCAGCCAGGACAAGUUUAGUGUCCAUGGGACAAAUGCCCACAACUCCUACAGCCUGCACAUCAGCCACCUCCGUGCCUCGGACAACGGCAUCUAUUACUGCUCCGUCUCCCAGUCCUCCCAGCUCUUCCUGGGCAGUGGGACACAGCUCAAUGUGGUGGAUGUUUUGCCUCUGCCUUCAAAGACCACUCAGACACCGGUCUCCAAAAAGCCCAUGAGGUGCAUAACCAAGUGCAAAGCUAUCAGCAAGAAAGGUCCCUGCAGCCCCCUGAUCUGGAUCCCUCUGGCUGCUGGUGUCCUGCUCCUCCUGCUGAGCCUGAUCUCCAUCGCCCACCGUCUCCACCGCAUUCGGCGCAGGCUGUGGCUGCGCAUCCACCGGCAGUAA